AUGACCAUGCUGCUGGACGGCGGGCCGCAGUUCCCCGCGCUGGGCGUGGGGGGCUUCGGAGCGCCUCGCCACCACCCGCACGACGUGGCGAACCGCGACGCCGCCGCCGCCGCCAUGGGACUCAACCACCCGUUCGGCGACUCGUCCUUUAAGAUCAGCCCGUCCGCCCACGAGCUGGCGUCGGGGCAAGGGUCCGCGUUCACGCCGCAGGCUUCGGGCUACGCGCACCCGCACCACCACCACCACCACCACGCGCCGCACCCGCACCCGCACCCCGCCGGCCAGGUGCCUUCCUCGUACGCGGCCGCCGCCGCCGCGUUCAGCUCCACGCGGGACUUCCUCUUCCGCAACCGCGGCGGCGCGGGCCUGGGAGACGCGGCCGCCUCGGGAGGGGGCGCCGCCGCCGCCCAGCACGGGCUCUUCGGCAGCAGCGCGCCCGCGGGGCUGCACCCGCCGCCGCCGCCGCCGCCGCCGCCGCCGGGCAUCGCGGAGAGCCCCGGCAGCUACCUGCUCUUCCCCGGCUUGCACGAGCAGACGCCGAGCCGCGCCUCCCCGACGGCGGGGCCCGCGGACAACGGACAGAUGCACCUGGGCUUGCGCGGGGACCUGUUCGGCCGGCCGGAGCCCUACCGGGGCGUCUCCAGCCCCCGCGCCGACCCCUACGGCGGCGCGGGCCAGUUCCACGGCUACAGCCCCAUGAACGUGAAUGUGGGGGGGGUGACCGUGGCGGCGGCGGCGGCGGCGGCGGCGGCGGCGGCCGCCCACCACCACCACCACCACCACCACCACCACGCGCACCCGCACCCGCACGGCGCCGGGGCGUUCUUCCGCUACAUGCGGCAGCCCAUCAAGCAGGAGCUGUCCUGCAAGUGGCUGGAGGAGGCGCCGCCGCCGCCGCCCGCGCCGCGCUCGCCCAAGAGCUGCGACCGGACGUUCAGCACCAUGCACGAGCUGGUCACGCACGUCACGAUGGAGCACGUCGGGGGGCCCGAGCAGAGCAGCCACGUCUGCCUCUGGGAGGAGUGUCCGCGCGAGGGCAAGUCCUUCAAGGCGAAGUACAAGCUGGUCAACCACAUCCGCGUGCACACGGGCGAGAAGCCCUUCCCCUGCCCCUUCCCCGGCUGCGGGAAGAUCUUCGCCCGCUCGGAGAACCUCAAGAUCCACAAGCGGACGCACACAGGCGAGAAGCCCUUUAAGUGUGAAUUUGAAGGCUGCGACAGGCGUUUUGCAAACAGCAGCGACAGAAAGAAACACAUGCAUGUGCAUACAUCGGACAAGCCAUACAUUUGUAAAGUGUGUGACAAGUCAUAUACCCACCCGAGUUCCUUAAGGAAGCACAUGAAGGUCCAUGAAACCCAGGGUUCAGAGUCCUCCCCCGCAGCAAGCUCCGGCUACGAAUCUUCCACGCCCCCAGCCAUCACGGCCACCGCGAGCAAGGACUCAACCAAGCCCCCCACGUCCACCCUUCAGACUCCCACCCCCAGUCACAACCCUGGCCUGCCCCCCAACUUUAAUGAGUGGUACGUCUGA